ACCAAAAAUACUUGUCGGAUAUUAUCCAGCUUAUAAACUUAAUUUAACACCAGGAGUAGAUUUUGAUAUCAGCCCAUCAAUUGACUACUUAAACUUUAUUGCAUUUGGCCCAAAUGAUCUUGUGAAUAAUGGCCGAAAUAAUACUCCUGGUGGCGACCCAUUGGCAGUUUUUAACAGACAAUCUUCCAAGCUUAGUCAAUUGAAAGAUUAUAAAUCAAGAAAUAAUCUAACAUUUAAAAUAAUUCUAUCAGUCCUGCUACCUACUGAUUGGAAUAAUUUAACUGGUUUCUUUAAUCUUAAUAAUCGGGGAUACCGAUACGAUCCGUCUAGUCGUCAAAAUUCGAAAUUCGUUAAUGAUUUAGUUAGUAUUGUUAAUACCGGUACUAAUGGUUUUGACGGAAUUGAUAUUGAUUAUCCUUUUAAACUUCCAUGCACUACGUCCGCUUUUGAUUCUGAUUUUUCAAGUUUUCUAAAUGCCAUAUCAGCACAAUUAG